AUGGUUUUCGAAAACAUUGUGGUCGACGUCCUGAACAGGUUUCUGGGAGAUUAUGUGGUGAAUCUCGACUCGUCGCAACUUCAGCUCGGCAUCUGGGGAGGUGAUGCCAUUCUGAAAAAUCUUGAAAUCAAGGAAAAUGCUCUGAGUCAACUUGAUAUACCAUUUAAAGUAAAAGCUGGUCACAUAGGAAGGUUAGAACUUAAAAUUCCCUGGAAGAAUCUCUAUGCACAGUCAGUGGAAGCCACUCUUGAUGGGGUUUACCUUCUCAUAGUCCCCACUGCAAGUAUUAGAUAUGAUGCGGAGAAGGAGGAAAAGCAGUUCCUGGAGGCUCGACAGAGGGAGCUGCAGAGGAUUGAGGAGACCAAACUCAAGGCAGCUGAACAAGAGAACCCUGUGCUGGAGAAACAGGACACGUUUGUGGAGAAACUGGUCACUCAGGUGAUUAAGAACCUGCAGGUGAAGAUCUCCAACAUCCACGUCCGAUAUGAAGAUGAUGUCACAAACCCAAACUGCCCUUUGUCUUUUGGAGUAUCGUUGGAAAACCUCAGUCUUCAGACGGCGGAUCAAAACUGGCGACCCACCGUACUAGACGAGAAGGCAAAGCUGUUUUUCAAGCUGGUUAAGCUUGACAAUCUCUUUGCCUACUGGAAUAUCAACUCAGUUCUAUUCUCCAAUCACCAUUCAGAAGAAGCCUUGCGAUGUCUUAAAAGCAGCAUGAAAAGUAACAACAAGCAUCCUGUCACCCAUGAUUUCAUUUUCCGGCCAAUCUCGGCUGAUGCCAAACUGAAGAUGAACCCCAGGUCAGAUGUGGACUUCUCCUCUCCUAAAGUGGACCUUAUGGUGAAUCUGAGGGAGGUGGCGAUCGAACUCAACAGACCUCAGUACGUCAGUAUCCUGGAGCUGCUGGCAUCUGUGGAUAUGAUGUCCAGAAAUCUGCCCUUCAGGAAGUACAGGCCGGUUGUUCAGGUCCAUCGCAACGCCAGAGUGUGGUGGACGUACGUACUUACCAGUAUCCUGGAGGUCGACGUGAAGCCCCGCCUCCACAUGUGGUCCUGGUCUCGGAUUCGCAGACACAGAAUUAUGGUCAAAAGGUACAAAGACUUGUACAAAGAUAAGAUCACAUCCAAGAAGCCCAGUGAAGAGCUGUUAAAGAAACUGCAGGAGCCGGAGAAGACGCUGGAUAUUUUUAACAUCACAUUAGCAAGACAGCAAGCUGAGGUGGAGGCGAGUAAAGCCGGCUUGAAGAUCUACCGUCCAGGGCUAAAGAUGGAGGAGGAGGAGAACCAGGGCUGGCUCGGCUGGAUGUGGAACUGGGGUGGACAGGCUGAGAAUGAAGUCAAGAAGGUCAAAAGUGGAGGUGGAGGUUUUGAUGAGCUGCUGACCACUGCUGAAAAGGCCAAACUAUACACUGCCAUUGGUUACAGUGAAACCGCUGCCAACCCAAACCUGCCCAAAGAUUUUGAAGAUAUGAUCGUGAACUUCCACAUGGAGAAACUGUCGUUGUCCAUCAAAGACGACAAAGACAAGAAUGAGAUCAUCCGUUUGACUGUGGGGGAGCUGCUGUCCAUGCUGACGCAGAGAUCGGGCGCUCAGGCCAUAAAACUCACAGCUCAGCUGACCUUGUUUGAGGUAACUGGUUUUGCCGAUCAGCACAUAUCUCCCACGCUGCUGUCCUCGAGGAAAGCUGCGAUGGCGGCAGAAACUCCUUUGCUUAACUUCCUAUUUGAGACAAACCCUCUGGACCAGAGCGCAAACCAGAGACUCUAUGUGGACUCGCAGCCUCUGGAGAUCAUCUACGAUGCUACUACAGUGAACAAGAUGGCAGCGUUCUUCAGAACUCCAGAGGGACUGGAGUUAGAUGAACUCACAAACGCAACACUGAUGAAGCUGGAGCAGUUCAGAGACCGCACUGCCACUGGUCUGAUGUAUGUGAUCGAGACUCAGAAAACACUGGACCUGAAGGUGAACCUCAUGGCCUCAUACGUCAUUAUCCCUCAGACCGGUUACUAUGACAACACCCAGAACAUCUUGCUACUCGACCUGGGCCACUUUAAGAUGUUGAGUCAGAGCAAAAAGCACUUACCACAGCUCUCCGUCACUGGCAGCAACAUUGAAGACAUCAUGUCCAGAGCCUAUGACAGUUUUGACAUCCAGCUCAGCAACCUACAAUUUCUCUACAGCAAACCAGAUGAGGACUGGAAAAAGGCUCGUAAGCAGAAGGAGUCUGAUCUACAAAUCCUGGAGCCAGUGGAUCUGAAAGUGGUGUUCAGCCGUGCUAUGGUGGUCACAGACUCACGGAUGGCAAAAUAUAAACUGUCUGGAGAGCUGCCGCGCCUGUCUCUACGCAUUUCUGACAACAAACUGCGCAGCGUGUUGGAGCUGGUGGACAGCAUCCCUCUGCCGGAGGCUCCAGCUGCUGCUCAGCCUCACCCGCCUCGCAUCAACGUACGGCAAGGCUCCAUCAAGCACAAGUCGUUCACCCCCCAGCUGAGCCGCAGACGCCCCAUCAGUCUGAUAGAAAACCGCAGCUCGAUCCUCUUUGAAUCAUGUGAAACCAUUACCAGCCUCACCUCACUGGGCUCUGAAGAGGACUUAUUCUUUGAUGCGCCCUCAUCACCACUGGAGGACAAACCCUUUUUCCCAGAUAAUCCCUUGCCUCUGCGCUCCAUCAAGAGAACUUGUUCAGAUGAUGUCAAGAAAAACAUGACCGACCUCAUACUCAACUUUGAAAUUGCAGAGUUUUCUGUAGAGCUCUGCAGACUCUCUGACGGCAAGGAGAUCACUGUGCUCUUACUGGAAAUCGAGGGAUUGGGCACCGAACUGAAGCUCCGUACUUUUGACAUGACGUCCAACACCUACCUGAAGGAGAUCUGCCUCAAGUGUCCCGAGUACAUGGACUCUGAGGCCAAAGAGGUUCAGCUCAUUACCACAAGGGACAACAGUGAAGUGGACCUGCUCACGCUGGAGUAUGUCAAGGCGGAUAAAGCCGGCCCUGAGUUCAAGACUCUUCACGGAAACACAGAGCAGUUGAUCAAGGUCACCUUCUCCUCCCUCGAUGUCCAUCUCCACACUGAGGCUCUUUUGAACACCAUGAACUUCUUGGAAAAACUCCUGCCCGCAAAACCCCCCGAGCCAAAAGACACGGCCCCAGAUGAGCUGCCCACCAUCCCAGAAGAGGAAGAGAGUGAAGGGGAAAAGGACAACGAGAAGAAAGAGGACAGUGUAGUCCCAGCAAAACCCACUGGCAAGAGCUCAAAGUUUGCAGUCAUCGUGAACUUGCACAUCAGAGCCGACCUCCGCUGCCUCAAAGUCUUCAUUCGUGGACAGAAAGCCAGGAUCUCAGAAAUCAGCAUUGAAGGUCUGGUUGCUGAGGUGUUGAUGAAGAAGAAGGAGAUGGAAGUUAUGGCUAAUUUAAAGAACAUCAUCAUUCUUGACUGUGACAAAGAUGCGCUGUACAAAAAGGCUGUGUCCAUCGCUGACAAAGAGGUGUUUAGAUUCCGCAUGGUGAACUACACUUGUGCCACUCAAGGAGAAGCCUACAUGGACAUGGCUAAAGUAGACACCAGCAUAAAUCUCACUGUGGGCUGCAUCCAAGUCAUCUUCCUCAACAAGUUCCUCUCCUCCGUACUGGGUUUCAUAAAUAACUUCCAGGAGGCGAAGGAGGCAUUAACUGAGGCAACGGUGCAGGCGGCAGAGAAGGCGGCGUUUGGGGUGAAGGAACUGGCCGAGAGGAGUACACGCAUCUCCCUGAACGUACACUUCAACGCCCCCGUGAUCUUCCUCCCUCAGUCCUCCUCCUCCUCAAAUGUCAUUGUGGCAAAUCUGGGCUUACUGUCUGUGAAGAACAGCUUCAACAUGCAGCCUUACAUCUCAAGCGCCAAGAUCCCCCCUGUGGUCGAUGUCAUGCUGGUCAAACUGACCAACCUCAAGAUGUACAGAACUACGUACAAAAACGAUAAAUUCCAGGGAGAGACUCAGCUCCUGAUGCCUGUCAGUCUGGACCUGGACAUUAGGAGAAACCUUUCAUCAAACUGGUACCACAAUAUCCCGGACAUUGAGAUCAUCGCUCAUCUUAAGCCUAUGAGCCUGAUGUUGAGCCAGGACGACCUGACUGUGGUGUUGAGAACCCUGAAUGAAAACCUGACGGAGAGCUCUGAGCUCAGUGCUCCCACAGUCCCCCCAUCCCCCCCAUCCCCCUCUGUCUCUGAGCCCUCUGGGACAUCCACCAAGGUGUCCACGUCCUCACUGCCCAACGCAAAUAACAUGGUGGUGACGGCUGCGGUGGUCGAGCCUCAUAUAACCCAAAAACUCAAGACGGCUCUGAAAUUAGACUUCAAGUUUGACUCCAUGACUCUGGUCCUGUUCACUCCACAGGGAAACGAGGCCCAGCUGCUGGACUCUCACGACCAACAGCUCAAACUGGCAGAGUUUACCCUGGGGACCAUCUCCACAUCUGUCCACAUGUUCUCUGACAGCUCCAUGAAGGCCCUGGUGCAGAUGGCAGCCUGUUUUCUGGACGACAAGAGACCCACCAUUCACAUGGUCACCUCAAGGAUGAUGGCUCUGUGUCCGGGGGCUGAGCAGAAUAUGAUGGUGGAGGUGAAGUACCAUCAGGGCAGAGAGGGGACACUGCUGGACGUGCUGGUGCAGGACAUUUACCUCUGCGCCAGCAUGGAGUUCCUGCUCACUGUGGCCAACAUCUUCGUCACGGCCUCACAGCAGGGAUUUGGCCAAACUCCCCAGAACAAGACCAACGUAGAGAAGAAGAACAACACCUCUCUGGCAUCUAAAGAGACAGCCCCUGCUCCUGCGGUGGAAUCUAAGACCGAGAUGAGAGUGGUGGUGAUCAACCCUGAGAUCGUGUUUGUAGCAGAUCUGAGCCGCGGUGACGCUCCAGCUCUAGUUAUGACCACGCAUUGUAAGCUCAACAUGCAUAGUGGAGCGGAUGGAUCCACAAUGGCCGCCAGCAUCAACGACCUCAAGGUGGUGGCAUGUCCGUUUCUCAGAGAAAAGAGAAAAAACAAUGUGACCACAGUUCUGCAGCCAUGUUUGGUUUCCUUUAAAAGCAUCCAGACUCCACAGACUCCUCAGGCAAUGGAUAUCUCCAUCAACGCCCUCAAACUCAAGGUGUCCCCCAUCAUCAUAAACACAGUCAUUACCAUCCAGUCAGCGCUGACCCCCACCGGGGAGACGCCAGAAAAGCUGGACAGUCAUGUUCCAUUGAACCUGUGGGAGCGGCGGAGCUGGAGAGACCUCAAACUGUGGUUUUUAGACGAAGAGAAGAGUGAAGACCAGCAGCAACAGGCUCCACUAAUACCACAGGGAGAGUCUCUACAGAUGAGUAUAAACUCGAUCUGUGUGACUCUGGAGGCCGGUGUGGGCCACAAGACGAUGCCCAUGCUGCUCGCCAAGUCCUCCUUCCACGGAAGCGUCACCAACUGGUCCACACUCAUCAACCUACACAGUUCACUCAAUCUGGAGGUUCACUAUUAUAAUGAGAUGUUGGGUGUGUGGGAGCCGCUGGUGGAGCCUUUAGAAGAUGAAACAAAAGAUGGAUUUAAACCAUGGACCCUGGAGUUCAAGAUGAAGAAAAAGACUGUGAAUUACUGUGGGUCUGAUGAGGUAGAUUACAUCGUUCCUGAUUAUAAAACUGUCAUCGUGAUCAGCAGCAAAGACCAGCUCAACAUCACUAUGUCCAAGUGCGGACUCGUCAUGCUUGGAAACCUUGGCACGGCGUUUGCAGAGGCAGCUAAGCAGACAUCAGAGAACUUCCAGAAGGACGAGGCUCCUUUCAUGGUGAAGAAUCGUCUGGGGCUUCCUGUGAAGGUUCUUCACAGUGACACCUUCAGCCCCAUUGAUGUUGAGAGCGUGAACAGAAGUGUGGAGCUGCAGGAUGGAGAAUCUCUGGGCAUGGACUACUACGUCGACACAAACUCAGACCAGUUCUCUGCCAUGACCAGUCUGAGUGAGAAGGACUACUACAUAGAGCCCACUCCUGUGGGCCACACCUCCACCUCACUGAUCCCUCUGAUCAAAGUGGGCCGGGGUCUGUACAGCGUGGUGCACAAAGAGUCGCAGGUGACACGUUUCGUGGUCUGUCAGAUUUCCUCACUGGAGGGAACCAAGUUUGUGAAGAUCCGCUCUCCUUUCCAGUUUAUAAAUAAGUUCACAAUCUCCUUCAAAGUGUUCGAAGGAUCGACAUUUCUCGGAACGGCGCCUCCGGGUCAGGAGUUCUGUGUGCCGCUGGACUCAUACCGCUCUGAGUUGAGUCUGCAGCCGGUGAUGGGAGCGGAGGCGACAGAGGAGGAGGAGUUCUGCUGCUCAGAGGGUUUCAGUUACGAGGACCUGGAGAACCACCCCCCAGAGGAGCUCAUCCAGCAGACGUGUAAGCACCGCUCGGACCCAAUGAAGGUCCUGAUAGUGAACAUGGUGGUUCAGAAGGACACAGUCUCCUUUCUGCGCACUGGAGGAGCUGGGGGCAACUUUGACGUGCCUUAUGUCCUGACGCUGUGGCCCUCUGUACUGCUGCGCAACCUGCUGCCCCACCCCAUCACCUACAAACUCCAGGACAGUGGGGAGUCUCCCCCUGAAAUCUCCCUGGAGCCUGGUCACUCGGCUCAGCUCCACACGGCCGUCAAAGACCAGUCCAGACUGGACCUGCGCCUGAUCGACUAUCUGGCCCAGGACUGGUCUGCAGAGUACAAGCUUUGCAUGGAGCGCCAGGAAAUCACGUUCAUUGUGUUCAAGUCUCUGCGUGAGGACGAUGAGGACGUGAGUGAAGGAUCGGCGAUUAAUAAGGCUGAGCUGGACAUUGCGGUACACCUGAGCCAAGACCAGGGUCAGAUGGUGGUGGCCAUUCACUCUCCUUACUGGAUGAUCAACAAAACAGAGCGUCUGCUUCAGUACAAGGCUGACGACAUCCACCGCAAACACCCCAUGGACUACGACAUGCCCCUGCUCUUCUCCUUCAAGCCCAGAAAUUUCUUCAGAAACAACAAGGUUCGUCUGAUGAUCUCGGACAGUGACCUCUCCGAUGCCUUCUCUCUGGACACCGUCGGGAGCCAUGGCGAGGUCAAAUGCAAAGGACGCUAUAAGGACUACAUGGUGGGAGUGAAGAUCGACACCAGCAGCUUCAGCCUGACCCGGAUUGUGACCUUUGUGCCCUUUUACACCCUGAUGAACCGGACCAAGCACAGUGUGUUCAUCUGUGAGGAGGGACAAGAGAACUGGACCGAAGCUGAGCCCGGACAGUCUGCAGUUCCGUUUUGGCCUGAGAAUGACACCAAAAGAGUGAAAAUAAAAGUGGAGGGUUUGUCGCCGCCGCAGAUCAUUGACUUCACGCGACCUGAGAACUGCCUCCUCCUGCACCUGGACAACUCUGUGGGCGGGAUCAUUGUGGAUGUAAACCUAUCAGAACACUCGGCCACGAUCCACUUCUCUGAAUACCACGAAGGAGCCGCUCCCUUCCUCAUUAUAAACCACACAACAGAUCAAACCCUGCUUUUUCAUCAAAGAAUUCACAGUGAUCCUAAGUGGGUGGCUGACGAGCUGCUCGGCCUGUCCUCUGACGAGUCCAGUUCUCAGGAAGAGGGAGAGCAGGAGGAGUUGGAGCCAGGGAAAGCUGUGUACUACACCUGGACUGAACCCACAGGCUCCAGGGAGCUGUUCUGGAAGUGUGGCCCCUACAGCGGACUCCUGCACAGCGUCAAGGACCAUAAGGAGAAUAUGAACAAAGAAGGGAAGCUGUUUGUGGUCUCGUUUUUUGAAGGCCUGCAGAGGGUGGUUCUGUUCACACAGGAGGCCUCCAUCUUCCAGAUACUGUCACAGAGUGAGAAGGCACAGCUGGCCGAGCAGGAGAUGAUCUUAUCUCUACAGAGCGUUGGUGUGUCUCUGGUCAACAACUCCACACGACAAGAGAUCUCUUUUAUCGGAAUCACAAGUUCUGAUGUGGUUUGGGAGUAUCUACCCAAGAAGAAGAAUCCUCACUGGAAAACUCUGAAAAUCAAAGAAGCAGAGCUGUUGGAGGACACAUACCAGAAGUACCUCAGCACCGAGCCGACGGACAAUGCCAUCAUCGACCUGGAGAACAGCUUUCAGGUCUCACUCACUCCUAACGGAGCUGACAUGAGGAUGCUGCAGCCCAUGGACACCGCCUUAAGGAGGCACUACCUCCCUGGAGUGAAGAUCGAGUACAGUGUUUCACCACGGCAGAGCUCUUACCGCGUCCAGAUUCACCACAUACAGAUCCAGAACCAGUUGCCGGGAGCCAUCUUCCCAUACGUGUUCUAUCCAGUCAAACUGCCCAAGUCCGUAGUGAUGGAUGCAGAACCGAAGCCUCUGACCGACAUCAGCAUCGUGACCAGAGCAGCUGGACACUCAGAUAUAUCCAGGAUCAAGUAUUUUAUGGUCUUGAUUCAGGAGAUGGACUUGAAACUAGACUUGGGCUUCCUGUACGCCGUCAUGGACCUGUUCACGCCCGAGAGCCCCAGCAGCAGUGACGACACCCAGGAGCAGGAGGUGGAGCUGUUUGAAAAGGACAUUGAGUACAUAAAGACAGAGAUGAACCACGGAUCUGCUGCUGAUAACUCUCCCAUCAGCCUCUUUGAGUUCUUCCACAUCUCCCCCAUCAAGCUGCACCUGAGUUUCUCCCUGAGCUCUGGAGGAGACGAUGGUCUGAAGGAGACGCGGGACCGAGAGUUGAUACCAGUUCAGUCUUUGAACCUGCUGCUGAAGAGCAUCGGAGCCACACUGACUGACGUGCAGGACCUGGUCUUCAAACUGGCCUUUUUUGAGCUGAAGUUUAUGUUUUGCACGACACAGCAGUUGCAGUCUGAAGUUAUGCGACACUACUCCAAACAGGCGAUUAAGCAGGCGUAUGUGCUUGUGCUGGGGCUGGACGUGCUGGGGAAUCCCUUCGGUCUGAUCCGCGGUUUUUCUGAGGGAGUGGAGGCCUUCUUCUAUGAGCCCUGGCAGGGUGCGAUCCAGGGGCCGGAGGAGUUUGUGGAAGGCAUGGCUCUGGGGUUCAAGGCCCUGGUGGGAGGAGCUGUUGGGGGCAUCGCUGGGACGGCUUCCAGGAUCACGGGGACCGUGGCCAAAGGCGUGGCAGCUAUUACCAUGGACGAGGACUACCAGCAGAAGAGACGAGAGACCAUGAACAAGCAGCCGAGCGGCCUCAGGGAGGGACUGGCCCGGGGCGGCAAGGGGCUGGUGUCUGGUUUUGUGAGCGGCAUCACUGGGAUUGUCACCAAACCCAUCCAAGGUGCACAGAAGGAGGGGGCAGCAGGCUUCUUUAAGGGAUUGGGGAAGGGGCUGGUGGGAGCUGUGGCCCGUCCCACUGGAGGCAUCAUCGACAUGGCCAACAGCACUUUCCAGGGCAUCAGGAGAGCUGCAGAGACGUCUCAGGACAUAACGUCUUUACGUCCGCCGCGCUUCAUCCACGAGGACGGAGUCAUUCGCCCAUAUAAGGAGAGGGAGGGGCUCGGCAGUCAGAUGCUUCAGAAAAUUGAGAACGGGCGCUUUGCCAAGUACAGGUACUUUGCCCACGCCAAAGUUAAUGACUCGGACUUCCUCAUGAUCACAAAGAGGGGAAUCUUCUUCGUGACCAAAGGGACGUUCGGGCAGCUGACCUGCGAGUGGCAGUAUCUGUUUGAGGAGUUCACCAAAGAACCCAUGAUUGUAGAGGACCGCAGGCUCCGCAUCGAGGCCAAGGAGCGAGUCAAGUCUGUGUUUCACGCCAAAGAGUUUGGGAAGAUCAUUAACUUCAAGACUCCGGAGGUCGCCAAGUGGGUUCUGUCCAAACUGGAGGACGCCAGAGAAAGUCUGCAUAAAUACUGA